UGUCUCAUACAUAUGUUGUCAAAUAAUCCCAUCACAUUCAUCCAAAUCUCACUAUAAGACAUAGACUACCUCUUACCGCCACCUUUCUCCCCAUAUGUUCCUUACUGUGUAAUCAACCUGCCUCCUAUUCAAACCAAUUUCCAUAUCUCUUAAUCUUGAUAAUUAAUCUUUUGAAACGGAGGUAGUAUAAAUGGGUAUCCUGUCAGAAGCUUACAGGGAUGAUCCAGUGAAGCAAGACCUUAUUGUUCCUCUAGACUUUAGCACAAUCAAAGAAGUUCCUGAAUCACAUGCAUGGCCAAAAUUGUAUGAUGAUGAAGACAAGGCAUUAGAUCAGUUGAAAGCAUGUAUUAGUAGUAUUCCUGUGAUCGAUCUUGAAGAUCCUAAUGCUUUGGACAAUAUUUAUGACGCGUGCGUGACAUGGGGGAUGUUCCAAGUUAUAAAUCAUGGAAUCCCAUUAGAUUUGUUAGAUCAAAUGGAAUUGGAAGCAAACAAGUUAUUCAAUCUCCCAUUUGAACAAAAGAAGAAAGUUGUUCGAUCCCCUGAGGAAGCAAUUGGGUAUGGGUAUCCUAGAAUUACACCUUUCUUCUCCAAGCUAAUGUGGAAUGAAGGUUUUACUAUUAUGGGAAACUCUUAUGUACAACAUGCUAUCAAGCUUUGGCCAAAUCACUUCCAAGGAUUUUGUGGAGUGAUGGAGGAAUAUCAAACAAGGAUGAAAGACCUCGGUAACAAACUGAUGGGCUUGUUUCUUAAAUCACUCAACAUACCCGAAUCCACCAUAAAAUGGGAAGACCGUGAUCUUUGCACAGCGCUACACCUCAACUCGUACCCAGCAUGCCCUGACCCGACCCAAACAAUGGGCUUAGCACCACAUACUGACACCUUCCUUUUUACAAUCCUCCACCAAAGUGGCAAUGCAAGUGGGCUCCAAGUGCUCAAAGAUGGACCCGGGUGGGUCUCAGUUGACCCGUAUCCUGGUGCUUUAGUGGUGAAUGUAGGGGAUCUCUUACACAUAAUUUCAAAUGCAAGGUUCCCAAGUGCAGUUCAUAGAGCAGUUGUCAACAAUGAAAAACAAAGGUUAUCGUUCGCCUACUUCUAUGGACCUCCUUUGGAUUUUCAAGUCUCUCCCUUUACGGACUAUCCAGGUUGCGAGGGUCCUUGUUUUACAUCUUUGAAGGUGAAGGAGUAUGUUAGUAUUAAGUCUAAGUACCUUGAUUUAGCACUCUCCUUAGUUAAGAAAAGCGAUUAGGGUUAAUUAGCAUGAGAU